AAUGGCUUCUUGUUGAUUGAAAAACAAGUCUGUUGUGCGCCAGUACCCAAAUUGCUUCGAAUGGUAACACACUCCCCUAUAGAAACAACUUGACAUAAAAAAAGUGAUAAUGGUAAUAGCAGAUGGGAGAAAAAAACUUAGUGAUACUUUGGUGUUUUAUGUUAAUGGCAAAAAGAUAGAAGAUGCAAACAUAGAUCCAGAAUGGACCCUAUUGUAUUAUUUGAGAAACAAACUGCGAUUAUGCGGCACCAAAUUAGGUUGCGGAGAAGGAGGAUGUGGAGCCUGUACUGUAAUGGUUUCAAAAUACGACAGAACCAGAAAAAAAGAAAUUCACAUUCCUGUCAAUGCAUGUCUAGCUCCAGUAUGUUCCAUGCACGGUUUAGCUGUGACCACCACAGAAGGAAUAGGCUCCACCAGAAGUCGCUUACAUCCUAUCCAAGAAAGAAUUGCUAAAGCUCAUGGGUCUCAAUGUGGAUUUUGUACUCCGGGUAUGGUUAUGUCCAUGUACACGCUACUUAGACAAUCUCCAAAGCCAAAGAUGAAGGAAAUGGAAGAAGCUUUCCAAGGAAAUCUUUGCAGAUGCACAGGAUAUCGUCCCAUUAUUGAAGGAUUUAAAACGUUCACUGAAGAAUGGGAAGUUGGAAGAAAUGCAAAUCUUGUCAAUGGAAGUAAUGGAGCUUGUGGAAUGGGGGAGAAAUGUUGUAAACUACAAAAUGGAACUUCGAAUAGACAAGAGGAAAAAGAUAAAUCAGAAGAAAGGUUGUUUAAGGCUGAAGAAUUUGUUCCAUAUCAUCCGUCACAAGAACCGAUUUUUCCUCCGGAAUUAAAGCUGUAUGAUAAAUAUGAUAAGCAUUAUCUGCUUAUUCAAGGUCCGAAUGUAACAUGGCAUCGACCAACAACUCUCGAAGAUUUUUUGGAACUGAAAUACAAUUUUCCAGAUGCCAAAAUAGUGGUUGGUAAUACUGAAAUUGGCGUUGAAACUAAAUUCAAAAAGAUGCUUUAUCCUGUUAUAAUUCAACCUACGGUCAUUGAAGAAUUGAAUUCUAUUGAGGAAACAGCCAGAGGUGUUACGGUUGGAGCUGCUGUGACUUUAACAGACAUGGGAGAUUAUCUAAAAGGACAAAUUGAAAAACAUCCCGAAUAUCAAACCAGAAUUUUCAAAGCGAUAGUUGAAAUGUUAUAUUGGUUUGCUGGAAAACAAAUUAGAAGUGUCGGAGCUAUUGGAGGAAAUAUCAUGACAGGAAGUCCCAUAUCAGAUAUGUUACCUAUAUUAAUGGCUACCAAAGUAGAACUUGAAGUGGAACACAGGAAAAACGGCCAGCGUAUAGUGGUUCUUGAUGGGAACUUCUUUACAGGCUAUAGAAAAACCGUUUUACAGCCUGAUGAAAUCUUACGAGCAAUCCAUAUUCCGUUUACAACAAAAAAUCAGUAUUUUAAAGCGUAUAAGCAAGCGAGAAGAAGAGAAGAUGAUAUAGCGAUCGUAAAUGCAGCAGUAAAUGUCACAUUUGAAAAUGAUAAUUCGAAUUUGAUUCAAAAAAUUAGUUUUGGGUUUGGUGGAAUGAGUUAUAAAACUGUUAAUGCACCAAAAACAGAAAAAAAUCUUGUAGGUGAACCAUGGAAUAAACAAACAUUAGACAAAAUCUAUUCGUUGCUCCUGGAAGAUCUUCCACUAGAUCCGUCCGCUCCUGGUGGAAUGAUCCAAUACAGAAAGUCUCUAGUUUUGAGUUUAUUCACCAAAGCAUUUAUAGCCAUUUCAGAGCAACUUCCAAAUAAGGUGAAAACAGACGAGUUGAGCGAGAGAGAGUAUAGUGGAGGUGAAGGAGUUUGCGAGCCUGAGCAAAAAAGUUCGCAAUAUUUCUCAGUUGUUCCAGAGACGCAAGAGAAACAUGAUGCUCUGGCCAGACCAAUGGUUCAUGCCUCAGCUUUCAAACAAGCUUCUGGAGAAGCAAUAUACUGUGACGAUAUUCCACGUUUUGAUAGGGAACUUUGCUUGGCUUUCGUCACUAGUAUUAGAGCUCAUGCCAAAAUUAUAUCCAUUGAUCCAUCAGCAGCACUAAAACUUGAUGGAGUAGAAGGUUUUGUUGGUAUAGAAGAUAUUGGGGUGGAGCUUAACGUUUGGGGUUCCAUCAUACGUGAUGAAAAAGUAUUUUAUUUUGAUGAAGUCACUAGUCAUGGGCAAAUAAUUGCUGGAAUUGUUGCAAAAACCCAAGCCAUAGCUCAAAAAGCUGCCAAAAUGGUAAAAGUAGAAUAUGAGGAUUUGGAACCUGUUAUAAUCAGUAUAGAGGAUGCUAUUGAGAGGAAAUCAUUUUUUCAAGAUCCAUUGCAUGUUAUACAACCUAGAGGAGAUUUAGAAAGGGUUUUUAGAGAUGCACCCCACGUUUAUGAAGGUCAAUGCCGUAUGGGCGGUCAAGAACACUUUUACUUUGAAACCCAUGGUUUAGUAGCUGUGCCUAAAGAAGAUGAAAUGGAAAUUUAUUCGUCGACGCAAAAUCCUACAGAAGUCCAACAUUUGUGCGCGCAUGUACUGGGUAGCCACCAACACAAAGUUACGUGCAAUGUCAAACGUAUAGGGGGAGGAUUCGGUGGUAAAGAAAGCAAAGCUGCAAUGGUGGCUUUACCAACUGUAAUCGCAGCUAAAAAAUUCAAUCGACCAAUCAGAGUGAUAUUGGACAGAGAUGAAGAUAUGGUUAUGUGCGCUGGAAGGCAUCCUUGUCUAGCUAAAUAUAAAGUGGCUUUUGAUGAUAGAGGAAAGAUUUUGGGUUGUGACGUGAGAAUAUAUCUCAAUGCUGGCUAUUCACAAGAUUUGUCAAUGGGGGUAUGUGAAAGAGCAUUAGCACACGUUGAAAACGCCUACAAUAUUCCAGUAUGCCGAGCUACUGGUUGGAUCUGCAAGACCAAUAUUCCAUCGAAUACAGCUUUUAGAGGAUUUGGUGGACCUCAGGGGAUGUUUGUUGCUGAAAAUAUUGUUCAGGAUAUUGCGGAUUAUUUGGGAAUUGAAAGGAUAAAUGUCAGCGAGGUUAAUUUAUAUGAGAAUGGCCAACUGACACCUUACAAUCAAUUGUUAGAUAACUGCACUUUGGAUAAAUGUUGGAAGGAAUGUAUUACAAGUUCGGAAUUCUACAAAAGAAAAAAGGAAAUAGAGUCAUUCAAUGAACUUCACAAAUACAAAAAACGUGGCAUCAGCCUAAUCCCAACAAAAUUCGGCGUAGCUUUCGGAGCGAUUUUCCUUAACCAAGCUGGAGCUCUGGUUAAUAUCUACGUCGAUGGCUCUGUAUUAGUUCAUCAUGCAGGAAUUGAAAUGGGGCAAGGGAUUUUCACAAAAAUGAUCCAAAUAGUGAGCAGAGCUUUGAAUAUACCUACAAAAAAGAUUAAUAAUAAGACUACUAAUACUGACAUAGUACCUAAUACUAGUCCAACAGCAGCUAGUACAGGCAGUGAUUUGAAUGGAAUGGCUGUAUUGAAUGCUUGCAAUAUACUCAAUGAAAGAUUGGCACCAAUUAAAGCGGCAAAUCCUAAAGGAAAAUGGGAAGAUUGGAUUAAAGCUGCCUAUUUACAAAGAAUAAGUUUAUCAGCCCAAGGGUUCUAUAAAGCCCCUAAUUUGGGACACGAUUGGAAGACAAACCAGGGAAAUUUAUUUUCGUAUUUCACUUAUGGGGCUGCUUGUUCUGAGGUCGAAAUAGAUACACUUACUGGUGAUCAUAAAGUUGUUAGAACUGACAUUGUGAUGGAUUUAGGUGAAAGUUUAAACCCAGCCAUUGACAUUGGUCAAAUAGAAGGCGCUUUUAUGCAGGGCUACGGAUUGUUUAUCCUAGAGGAAUUGGUUUAUUCGCCAAAUGGAUUAUUGUUCACUAGAGGCCCCGGAACUUACAAAAUACCUGGAUUCGGUGAUAUACCUGCAGAACUUAAUGUUUCAUUGCUUAAGGGAACAUCCAACCCUAGAGCGGUAUAUUCUUCCAAGGCUGUAGGUGAACCGCCCCUGUUCUUAGCAUCUUCUGUAUUAUUUGCGAUAAAAGAAGCCAUCAAAGCUGCCAGAUUAGAAAAUGGCAUUACAGAAAAUUUCAAAAUAGAAAGUCCAGCUACGGCAUCUAGAAUCAGAAUGGCUUGUAAGGAUAAUAUAACUUCCAAGUUGAAGGAACCAGAACCAGACUCAUUCAAGCCAUGGAAUAAAGUGGUCUAGUUAUUGUCAGUAUUUUAUCAAAUAUUAAUUAUUAUUCCUGAAUAAAUUAUUGUUAACCCUUUUUA